AUGAACUGUUUCUGCUGGGCCUGUUUCUGCUGGACCUGUUUCUGCUGGGCCUGUUUCUGCUGGGCCUGUUUCUACUGGGCCUGUUUCUGCUGGGCCUGUUUCUACUGGGCCUGUUUUCUGCUGGGCCUGUUUCUACUGGACCUGUUUCUGCUGGGCCUGUUUCUGCUGGGCCUGUUUCUGCUGGGCCUGUUUCUACUGGGCCUGUUUCUGCUGGACCUGUUUCUGCUGGGCCUGUUACUACUGGGCCUGUUUCUGCUGGGCCUGUUUCUGCUGGGCCUGUUUCUACUGGGCCUGUUUCUGCUGGACCUGUUACUACUGGGCCUGUUUCUACUGGGCCUGUUUCUGCUGGACCUGUUUCUGCUGGGCCUGUUACUACUGGGCCUGUUUCUGCUGGGCCUGUUUCUACUGGGCCUGUUUCUGCUGGACCUGUUACUACUGGGCCUGUUACUACUGGGCCUGUUUCUACUGGGCCUGUUUCUGCUGGACCUGUUACUACUGGGCCUGUUUCUGCUGGGCCUGUUUCUGCUGGGCCUGUUUCUGCUGGGCCUGUUUCUGCUGGGCCUGUUACUACUGGACCUCUUUCUGCUGGACCUGUUUCUACUGGGCCUGUUACUACUGGGCCUGUUUCUACUGGGCCUGUUUCUGCUGGGCCUGUUUCUACUGGGCCUGUUUUGCUGGACCUGGUAA